GUCUGGGUUCCGAUCCUCACAUCCAUAUGGAAGCUUAUGGAGAUGAAGGCAUCCUCCUGGAAUGUACUUCAGUUGGAUGGUACCCAGUGCCCCAGGUGCAAUGGAGAGAUCUAAAAGGAGAGAUAUUACCACUUUUGUCAACAUCCCAGACACUUAAUGGAGAUGGCCUCAUUACUAUAGAUGCCUCCAUGGUUAUCAGAGACCCUUCUGUGGGGAGUGUAUCCUGUUCCAUUCGAAAUCCUCUCCUCAAUAUGGAGAAGGUGGUAAAAAUUUCCAUACCAGGUCGCUUCUUUUCAAAGUUUUCUCCUUGGAUGAUGUCUUUAGCUGUGAUUCUUACUGCUCUUGGACUUCUCACUAUCGGGGCCAUAUUUUUCAUCUGGAAACUACAUAGAAACAAAAAAAGAGAAAAAGAGAAUAAAUCCUGCAACAAAGAAAAACUCCAGGAAGAAUUAAGAUGGAAAAAGGCUCAGUUACAUGCAGCUGAUGUAACCCUGGAUCCAGACACAGCUCAUCCCCAUCUCUUUCUAUAUGACGAUUUGAAAUCCAUCAGGUUGGAAGACUCACGACAGAAAUUACCUGACAAGCCAGAGAGAUUUGAUUCCUGGCCUUGUGUGUUAGGCCGUGAAGGCUUUACCUCAGGGAAACAUUACUGGGAAGUAGAAGUGGGAGACAGGACUGAUUGGGCUAUAGGAGUUUGUAAGGAAAAUGUGGCAAAGAAAGGAUUUGAUCCCAUGUCACCUGAGAAUGGGUUUUGGGCUGUAGAGCUGUAUGGAAAUGGAUAUUGGGCUCUUACUCCACUCCGGACCCCCCUUCCUCUAACAGGGCCUCCUCGCCGUGUAGGGGUGUUUUUGGACUAUGAAUCUGGAAAUAUCUCCUUCUACAAUAUGACUGAUGGAUCACACAUCUACACUUUCCCCCAAGCCUCCUUCUCUGGAACUCUCCGGCCUUUCUUCUGCCUUUGGUCUUGUGGUAAAAAGCCCCUUACUAUCUGUCCAAUAUUUGAUGGGCCUGAUGAAGUCACUGUCAUUGCUAAUGUCCCUGUCCCUUUUAAGGAAAGCCUAGUCACCUCCACAAAUGAAAGAUCAACUACUGGGGAUGCAGAUACUCUCCAUAGGUCCAAUUCAAAAUUAUUCCCAAUCCAACCCAAUAAUGGGGCCCUGGAUCAUUAG